AUGAAACGGAGUACAUGCAACACUCGAACUUCAUUCAAACCCUUCAAACUUCACAAGUACGCCUCCGAGCAGCCCGGCCAUGACCAAUCGAGUUCGUUCUUCUUACGACUUCCCAACGAAAUCAUAUUUCACAUAUUCACCUUCCUUGACUUCUGCGAUCUAUCGAAAGUUGCCUAUACCUGUCGUACAAACCGGAUGUCAGUCGAGUUGUACUUGUCAAGCUCGGCAUGUACACAAUUAAAAGGCUUCCGUACACCGCAUCCCGAGACCACACCCACUAACAGCUCGGAGGUCAAACGUAAGGUGAAGUACUAUAGCAAAGUUGGUACACUCUUUCGGAAAAUCUACCGCCUUACAUCCCUCACGUUGCGUAUCGAAUUGCUGCAGGAAAUUCUUUAUUCGUACAUGUGUUGUCCACCUGAGGAAAUGAAAUCCCCCUCUCAAGAUAAACCGUCCAGUCGUCAGUACCUCUUCGAUCGAAAGCCCUGCAACACUGGUCAGUUGCGCUGCCCCUCCCUCUUCUUUUUUGGCCAAUUUCUGCGCUCCUUUCUCUCCGGCUGCUCCGACUCUGAAUACCAGCGUGUCUUUCACUCACUUGUGCACUCCUGCUUCGGACAGAACUUCUGGCUAAGGCUGACCAAUCUCAUCUGCAAAAAGGCUGGUGAGUGGAGACCCAAGCUCGGCUUUGUAUAUAUGCAUACCAUCCAUGUGCCCACUAAACGGACCGUGUGGUAG